AUGGCGAGGGAGUUCUCCUCCACGCAUGUAUAUAUUCAAGUUCAGAUCUGGCGUCAGAGUGACCCGUCCGGGAAGCGCGUGCACGCGAGCAGAGCACUUUGGGGUUGCAGCGAUGGAAUGGACGCGCAGUUUGGCUCCCUAAUCUCAAACAACGCGGAAAGAAGUUCACCCGUGAAAAAAAGCCCCAGGGAGAUGACGAAUCAGUCGGAGGCAGACACUUUCCCCGACCCCAAGGACGCGCAAGGGGGCAAACUCUCCCCUCCCGGUGGUGCGCACGGAGACGCCGACGCCCGUCACGGUCACACCCUCCAUGGCGCGAGAGCCGGAGACAACUUCUCUCCGUCCGCGCAGCCUCCAGCGUCCGCCUCUGCAGGAGCCAUGUUCCCCUACCCGAGCCAGCACGCGGCAGCAGCCGCCGCCGCCGCCGCGCACGCCGCCUUCUCCAUCGGCAGCCCCGGCCGCUACGUGGCCCACCACCACCCGGUGCUCGCCAACGGAGCCUACAACGGCCUGCUGAGCAACUCUUCCGCCCAGGGCUACCCGCCGCCGCCGCCACCGCCGCCGCCCCCGCCGCCGGCCGCCGGCUACCAGUACGCGCAGCAGUACGGAGCCGCGUACCAGGGCGGCGCCUUCUACCAGUUCUCCCCGGCGCAGGCUGCCGGGCUGCAGGUGCCCGGCAAGGCGCAGGUGUACUUGUGCAACAGGGCCCUGUGGCUCAAGUUCCACAGGCACCAGACCGAGAUGAUCAUCACCAAGCAGGGACGGUGAGG